GUGAACUUCCAUUACGCUCGCUGCUCGUUACAAAGUGACAAGUCACUGCUACUGUCAACGACGCCUUCACCUUGAGUGCUGGGUUCAAUAAUCACUUCCACCGCAAUUUAAACGCUUAAGAGACUUUUGCCACCUUCCGCUGACAACAAACGACCCUUUUCCUUCCCUAGUCCAGCCAAACAACCACCGAACCACGAAUCGCUACACAAUGAAAGAGGAGCGUUUCCAGUUUGUCCUGUCGGAGAGUGAGUGCGGUUUUUACCGGCACAUCCGCGAACUGGAAGAAGAGUAUCCGAUCGAGUGCCCUAUGGUUUUUAGUAGCAAACACGCCAGACUUAAUAAAGCAGUCAAACUGAACUUUGAGAUUGAGGGUCAUAAGGCUAUGAGCUUCGAUAUCUCCGGAUCGAAGCUUCUUUUCGGAUGUGCGUCUUCAAGUGUCAAAUUUGUACAAACGAUCCUGAACUCUAAAGAGGACGACAUUGAGGGAGAAGAGCCGAUCGCUGCAGUUGACGUCUCUACGACACAGGAAAGCGAAACCUUUAGCGCCGAAGGUGCAUCUCACACAACGGAUGCUGACGGAACAGAUCUCACAUCCCUCUUCAUCGCUGCUAGGUCAAGAGCCUGGAGUGUUGACAAGCAAGAGCUAGUCCCGUCGUGCGUGGAAGUUGUCAGCUUUCAUGUGGCGCAGCAUACUCUCAGUCCUGAACAACAUGAAGACCUGAGAAUUCGUUUCCCAGAUGUUAUACUCGUCUCCGAUCCUGAAGAAACCAAACGUCAAUUCUCUGCUGACCAGGCUCUACGACAGAACUUCACUCCAGAGAUCACAUUGAACGUGUCAUUGCCUACCCCAACGGCAUCAACAGCCUUCGAUACAUAUUACACAACCGUCGCAGAGGUGAUGCCCACUAUGUUGACACCUACUGCUCCGUCGCCAUCAAGCGUUGUCAGUACUGAUACGAACCCGUCAUCCAUCAGUUUCAAAUCGCUCAACAAGUCAGUGAUCCUGCGCAUUGCAGGGCGCAUUGGCUUGGACCUCUCCGGCUCAGUCGAUGAAAUACUCGACAUUUGGUCACAAUGGCAGCACCAAGAUGAAGUAAGACCUUUCAGCGCUGUGCGAGGACACGUGAUUGAGCAGUUCUACGACAAUCUCGUCAAGCUGUACAUCCUUGCGCACCGCAAUGAAGAGCGCGACCUAUGCUUUGCGAUAUUGCUCAGAUUCCAGAGCACAAACUACCAAUACAGAAACAAACUACCAAAUCUCGCGACUGCCGUUCUUGCAUUUCAAUAUCUACCGGAAAAAAGCGGCCUCUGCUGCUGGAUUGCAAGGCUGUUUGCUUUCCUGUGGACAACUCACCAAUAUGAGAGUCGCGAACAACUCCUCUCCUCUUUUCCGUCCGUUGACGAACACGCUUUUGGAAUAUUCUCUUAUGUCACUUUGGACGUUAGAGACAAGUUCACUAAAGGUCACAACACUGCUGUGCUUGAUGGCUGGUGUGGAAUGCAUGAACACAAGACCGGUGACGCGGAAGCAGCCAUGUGCGACAAGGCGCGUAGCAAAUUGAAGUCCCAGUUCGCAAAGAUCAGAAAGCAGGAAAACGAAGACGCGUACAAUGAAGCUAAGGAAGUAGUGGUAAGCUACGAGAAAGAUGCGCAGCCUCAGUCGUGCAGUGUAGAAGCUCCGACCAAAGACACCAAGAGGAAAGCGGACAAGUCUUCCGUCCAAGCGAAUAGCCCAAACAAGAGGCCUCGUGGGAGGGGUAGCGCCAGAAGAGGUUCAAGUUGAACAUUGAUCUCGCUAGUCGAGGGUAAGACAUGAGAGAGCGCAGCAGUCUAAGGUAUAUCAGUUUGAUUGCAGGCCAAGGAACCUUAUGGGAAGAGACUAGGGGAGGGACAGCAAUCUUGUCAUAGGGUGGCAGCAUACGUCGUCGCGAACGACGGUCUUUUUCUACAACAGUAUAUGAUAAACGCAAUAUCGAUAUGUG